AUGGUGCUCUAUUUGCCAUCGGAGUUGCCCUCGGGUACCCUUUGUGACCCUCGUGUUCAGAGGUAUGAAUUGCGUUUGAGGACUGCUCAAGCAUACGAUGCGCUAGAUGAACUCCGGCGACAUCUUCGCGUGCAUGCUCACUUGUACAAGUUCAAAGACCGCUUUGUCCAUGGGCAACGGUAUCUCACUCGUGCGAAGACGGUUAUCGCGCGUGUGCAGGACAAGAUCAACGCUGACGCAGCGCGUUAUCACCGUGCCUAUUCCGCCAUCAACUCGUGGGCUACCUUACUCCACGAGCCUUUGAUGCCCAACGACUUGGGACCGCUGCAAGGUGAAGACGUACACGGAAUGACGGAUGGGAUGUUGGGUGAAACUCAGAGCCAGAAGACAUUGUCUUGGAUAUGGCGGAGACAUGGCGUAGGGAGCAGCAGCGUGACGGACAACACCGUCCAUGAAGAGCUCCACGUUGAAUGGUGCAAUGCCCGUGCUCGAGCCUAUCGCUGGAUGGAGGAAUGCCGCCAAUUGCCAGAGGAGAUGCGCAGAGUCAUCUCAUUUUACGGUUGGAUUGCGCGGUGGUGGCUGGAGCUGAUAGACACGAUCCCUGCGCGAUCACGCGAACACCUGGAAGGCACCACCACAUACGCUUACCACCAGGCAGACAUCCGACUGUCCAUGAGGGAACACUGCAGAUCGGUAUGGCAUUGUGUACCUGCCUGGCUGCAGGCGGGAGGAGACGUCAGCAUAGAUGCUGAUUCAGUUGAGCCUACGAUUCAGGAACCCCCUCCAAUGAACGAUUCUGCUUCCACGUCGGCAGGUCUUUCGACUUCCGUUCCUACUCCUGCGCAUUAG